GGCCGACUGUGGUUAACUUUAAAUCCAUCCCAUAUAAACGAUUUUUUUAUUAGAAUAAUAAUAAGCAAAUCAUCGUUUCAUCCAUGACAUAAUAUAUCAGUAUUAGGUAUGUUACGUUCAUAGACUUAUAGAAAGUCUAUGGUUACGUUAGGCCCAGUCUAUCUUGGCGCGCGGUUCCGUAAGUUAUAUAGCAUGACAAAAUAGAUAAAAUAGAUAUAUUUUGUCAUGUUAUAUAUUAGUUUAUAAUAUAGUGGUGUGUACCUAUGUAUUAAAUAUUUUGUUAUGAUAUUUAUUAUUUAACGAGUAUGAUGAGCACACAGUACACAUCACUUGGCACUUGAUAGGUAUCUGAUAAUUACUUGGAAGCAUCAGUCUUGAUGAUAUUGUGAUUUACCGUUGCGAUUGAACUCGAAGAAUCUAAAUACUCUAAAUUCCGAGCUGAUGGCUAUCGUGAACUGACAUAAUCAAUCGUCUUCAUCUCCGAACGGUCGAACAAUUUAUCAAUCCUAUCGUAAAGACGUAUUAAUCGUAUAGGCGGCAGGUCAACUAACAGAAAACGCCCAAUUUGAGUUUGUUUUUGUAUACACUUCAGAAAAUGUAUGAAGCUAAGGAAUUAGAUGUACAAGAUAAGUUAGCACACAUGAAUUCAUUGAUGAAAACUCCAGUCUCCAUUGUAGGAGAAUACGCCAAUAAAUAUCACCUUGUUCCUCGAUAUGAUCUCAUACAUAAUGGUUGUUUAUCUUCUAAGGUCAGAUUUGAGUAUAGCCUGACUAUGGGUAAAUAUGCUGCUGUUGGUGUAGGGACUUCCAAAAAAGAAGCCAAACAAGAGGCAGCUCUAAAUCUACUUGGAAUAAUGAUUGAUGAUAAACCUGAGUUAUUGGAUACUGAUUUUCAAACAUUUAAUUCAGAUAAGUACAUGGUCUCUCAAUUUGAUAAAAAUAUUAAAGUUAAUGCAAUUGGAAAAUUAAAUGAAAUUUGUGUAAAAUAUCAACUGGAAUUGCCUGAAUUCAAUUUAAUUAGAGAAGAAGGAAAAUCUCACGCUAAACUAUUUACUGUCAGUUGUCGUGUAGCUAAAAUUAUUGAAAUAUCAUCAAACAAAACAAAAAAACAGGCCAAACAAUUGGCUGCUAUUCAAAUGAUAAACAAAUUAAUGUCUAUUGACAAGUCAUUGGUUAUGGAAGAGAAACAGAAUGUAUCAGACGCAAUGAAAGUUCUAGAACGAGUUGAAAUGAUUAAAUCAGAGCAAAUAAAAAAAUCUGCAUCCAUAAAUAAAAACAUAAUUAAAUAUCAUUUAGUUUUAAAAAUAACUGAAUGGACAAACUCAGAUUUAUUAAAUAAGGUUGUUAAUCAUUAUAACAAAUAUAAUGAAUUAGAUUUACUUAAACCUUUUAAACUAUUAUGUAGAAUUGUCAACGGAUGUGGAAUGUACUUGAUUGCAAAAACCAUAAAUACAGAAUUAUUUGAUAAAAAUUAUAAUUGUAUAUAUAUUCUUUCCGUAGAUAAUAUAUACCCUCCUAUUUAUGGUUUGGGUAUGGCUGACAACAUUGAAAAUGCUCAGCAAAUUGCUGCGAAAGAGUUACUCAUUGCUUUUUGUAUACUUUUAAAAUAACUACAUUUCGUUUAUUUUUACUCUGAUUAUUCAAUAGAUAAAGCGCAAACUAAGCUCUGAAUUUUGCCAACUUUUGUGAUCAUGCCUGAAUUAAUUGAUUUAAAAAGUAAAUAUUAAGACCAUGUAGUAUCCACAUGUGUUA